AUGUAUCUCCCAGAGGAACGGCCUGUGCUGGACUUGCCUUACCAAAUGAAUCAUUUGGCUAAUAACUAUGGAUAUUAUCCACAAGACUGUAAGGAACCCAUCUGCCGGCCUCAGCACAGCACCAAUGGCAGGAUGAGCAGUGCUGAAGCUGAACUGACCUCACUGCCAGUUCAUGUAUCACUGCAAGAUCGAGAGCUCUGGGACAAAUUCAGCAGUAUCGGCACAGAGAUGCUGAUUACUAAAUCUGGCAGGCGGAUGUUUCCCAGCUGCAAAGUAACAGUGACAGGACUGAAUCCUAAAGUCAAGUAUGUGGUGAUAAUGGACAUGGUGCCGUUUGAUAACCGCAAGUACAAGUGGAAUAAGGAUCGUUGGGAAGUGAAUGGUUCAACCGAUCCACACCUGCCCAAUCGGUUCUUCAUCCAUCCAGACUCUCCUGCACCUGGAGAGAAAUGGAUGCAAUAUCCAAUCUCCUUCCACAAGCUCAAACUGACCAACAACAUGCUCAACUCCAACGGACUGGUGGUUCUCCACUCCAUGCACAAAUACCAGCCUCGUCUACACAUAGUCCAGUCUCCAGACCCCUGUAACCCUCACAACCCUGGCUGUUACCUGCGCUUCACCUUCCCUGAAGCUGCUUUUAUAGCCGUCACAGCCUACCAGAACCAGGAGAUUACAAAACUCAAGAUUGACAACAACCCCUUUGCCAAAGGCUUUCGUGACAAUGGACUGAACAGGAAAAGGUUUAGAGACAAGGAGACCCAAGAGACCCAGGAUUCAGAUGGACCGGUCAAACAAGAUUUGACACCAAAUGAACAUGCAGUGGGACGGUCACAGAAAGACGAGGAUGUGGAUGUGACUGUGUCCAGCUCUGUUGACAGCAGCAGUAACCAGCAUUUUUCAGAAGUGGCUUCCUCUGUAACCCUAAACCCUUUCAUAUCAGCCUUCAUAAACCUCAGCACAGCUGGCGCACCUUCACCCCAGCAGACCCACACCAUUCUCAGCCUCAGUAACAGACACCUGAACAGUCCCAGAGAAGCCAGACCCUCCAGCCUCCAUAAUCUUUGCGCAUCUCUGCCCAUGGCCCAGAGCUCUUGUGUCCAGUCCUCCACAGCAGACACCAACCUCAGCCGACUGCCAUCUCAGAUCAGCAGCCCUCUAAACCCUCAGCAGCACCAUCACCACCACAGCAGCCCAGCCUCUCAAACUCCUGGCAGAUCCAUUAUCCAGCUCCAGCCUUAUUUUCUUACCCCUCCCCAUCAGUCAAGGCAAUGUCCUGACGUGGAGCUGCCCCUUCCUCUGCCUCCUAAACUAAGUCGGAUGCAACUUCCUGAAAGUGCUCUGAGGAACCUGGAGAUGACCCCAGUCUCCGACUAUGUUAAUCCAAGACCCCUCACCGACAUCCUCAACAGGAUCCAUUUUCGACCGUUGGCCUCUGGACCAUCAGGGAAGGGACUGCAAAAUCCCCCCCACCCUGAGCAGUACCUCCGCGGGUCAGAACGAGAGCUGCUCCCGCAGAUUUAUCCAGCUGUUCAGGAAUACAUUGAUCAACAAUUCACAUUAAACAGCAUGCUGAACAGCCAGACCGAACACAGAUCACAGAUGGACUAUGUCAGUGCCAGACCACUAACAGAAUAUUAUAGUGAACAGCAGACUGGGAAAUGAGGUUUAUCUGUCAUCAUCUAAUUAUGCCUCAUUUUGUUGCUCAUGUCCAGCAGAGACUGCACUGCUCCAAUCUGUUCCCCUCUGCAUCACUAGUUUAUGAAACAUGUUAAACACUGAUGGCUUCCCAACAGAAGAAUGUAAAUAUUAUUUUCAGUGUGAUAAGAGGUUGUUUGCUGUAGCUGAUGUCCAUAUUUAUGUUUUGCAAUUACUUUUAAAGUCAACAUGAAACCAAAGUUCACUCUAUUUACUUUCUUAAUCAAUGUUUCUGGUGUAUAUUAUAUUCUUCUUAUUUGUUUUAUCAUCUCUGUAAUCUUUAAUCUGAAUGAAAUGAUUUUCCGUUUCUGUUAACAUCAUUUAGGCUGCACAGGCUGUUGAAUAACACUAACUAGUAGCAAAACUGGCAUCCGGCCCCACUUCAUCUGGUAUGCAACACACCCUUUAAUCCAAACAAUUCACAUCAAACUUUUUUCCCUUCGAUCAUCCAGUUUGACUUUGAAAUAUGGCACAUUACAAAGCAAGAUGAAGUGUGGAAUGAAAUUCAUGAUGUUGAAAGAAAUCUAGAUCCAUAAUCACACUUUUGCUGUCUCCAUUGUCUGAUCUUCUAUGUUGCCUUUUUUACAUUAAACCUAAAUACUGUGUUCUGCAUUAAGUUUUCACUUUUUAAGUCAUUACAAACAACGUUUCUUAGCACUGUAAAGUUGCCUUUUGCAAAGCCCUAGACUAUCAGCCUAGUCUAAAAUGGCAAAAAAUUCACACACAAAAAAAGAUAAAUAAAUCAAGACAAAUUUAUUGACUGUAAUCAGACAGAUUUCUAAAUAGAUACAUAUUGCAUACUACAUAUUCAUUUGUCAAUAAUAUAUAGGCAUUAACUAUAUGCAUCGGUAUAUAUAUAUAUAUAUAUAUAGCACAUUCUCAAUAUGUGAUUGUUAGUGUACAAACUCUAGA